CCGGGCGGCUCCGUAAAAAAAAAAAAAAAAAAGCAGCAGUGAUCUCGGUGUGACAGCUCAGAGCUGUCCACGUCAACACAGCGAGCAGCGAGCACGGCGGCGGCGGCAGCGAUGGACUCCACGUCUCUGGAACCUUCCCUCUACACAGUGAAAGCUGUUUUCAUCCUUGACAAUGAUGGCAACAGACUUCUGUCAAAGUACUAUGACCGUGACCUUUACCCCUCCAUGAAGGAACAGAAGAACUUUGAGAAGAAUGUCUUCAACAAGACACACAAAGCAGACAAUGAGAUAGCGUUCUUGGAGGGGAUGACCAUUGUCUAUAAGAGCAGUAUAGAUCUCUUCUUCUACGUGGUGGGAAGUGCUCAGGAGAACGAGCUGAUGCUGAUGUCGGUACUGAACUGCCUGUUUGAGUCUCUCAGUCAGAUCCUCAGGAAGAAUGUGGAGCGUCGGUGUUUACUGGACAACAUGGAAGGAGUGUUCCUGGUUGUGGAUGAAAUCAUUGAUGGAGGGGUGAUUCUGGAGAGUGACCCCCAGCAGGUCUUACAGAAGGUCAACUACAGGGCGGAUGAAAACCCAUUAUCUGAACAAAGCGUGGCCCAGCACAUAACAGAGAAACUGGCUCUCACCACUAACGUUCUACAGUCGGCCAAGGAGCAGAUCAAAUGGUCCAUACUGAAAUGACUUGGACCAGACAAAUGUAGGAUUCUCAAGAGAGAGUCGUUUCUAGGCCCAAAGCUAUUUUUUAUAGUAACAGACUAAAAGGGAAGGUCACUGCGAGCCUGUUGGCUGCUUUAUAUAGCAAUUAACCAGCCAGUAAUAGGAUCUAGUUUCUAUGUGUGAUGGCAUUUUGUUACAUUGUGUGUGUAAUUAAUUUAUUUGGUUUGAGAGUGAAGUCAGUCGGCACUCAUGCAGAGAAAUUAUCUAACAGACCACAUGACACCAGAAAAUGACUGCUAAAUGGUAGAGCAGAGCUUCUGUAAAAGACUGGGCAGUUAUCGGUUACCAGAGGAAAAUACUGGAAGUGAUUAGCAAUCAAUGAUCUGUUACUUUUAUUUUGGUGGAGCUGGAUCAUCCACUCUCAUUCUCUCAAACAAGAAUACGACUGUAGGAUUUUAUUGGUUUUGCUGUUUUGCAUUUUAUUGAUAUGAACAUUUUUAAAAUGACACUGUUUUAUACAUGAAGAUAUUUUUUCCCACAAUGUUACAUAUGCUAAUCAUUUUGGAAAACUCUUGUUUUUCCAGGGUGGGUCCUGUUAACUCUUACUAUCAGCGAGUAUACUGAACCCAAACAUUCACAUCAAUGUAAGGAUCACCUGGAAAAUAGACACAGACACAAACACUACAGCAGCAAAUAUGCAGAAGGUUUUAUCACGUGAAGCAGGUCAUUUAACAAGGGUGGUGUUACAUUCACACACACUCUGACAUUAUAAUUUUUGCACUGAUUGUCUCAGUCCAAUAAAGUCUGUUGUUCUGACUGUGCUCCUUAGACCAGAGAAAUGUGUUUAGCAAAGCUUAUUUAAAGAACGCAAUGACGCUUUAUGACACUAAACAAACAUCAGCACUGUGUGUUAGAGGCAGUGUGUUACUUAUUUUCCUUCAAAUGGAAUUCCCUCAUGAAGGAAAAUGAAUAUCUGCACAUAUAAUUGAUCUUUAGAAUCAAAGGGACCUUAAAGAAGAUGAAAUAGUGCUCAUGAUUUUGUGGCCAGAGUUCUGAACAAUGAUGCCUUUUUUCUGAGAGUUAACAGAUAUUAAAUAUUUUCUUAGCUGAAAAGAAGAAAAAAGCCAAAGACAAACUAAUUAUUUUGUUUACAUUUGGAUGUUGUUGAAACAAACUGCCAUUUUCUCUGUACAUUUGUGAGACUGAUAAUAAAACUAUAUAUUUGUCCUGGA